AUGGGAGACAUCGCUACCCCCAAAAGCGGACAUGCCAUUGUAUUUGGUGCCUCUGGAGUUAACGGAUGGGCCUUUGUGAACGCUCUCGCCACGGGCUAUCCCGAUCCUAAGGCCUUUGAUCAUAUCACUGCUUUUACGAAUCGUCCUCUCGACCCAGAAAAAUCGCAAUGGCCGAUCACAGAUAAGCCGUAUUUGGUAUCCGGCCUGGAUCUCGUGUAUUUCUGUGCUUACGUCAUGGAUACCCAGCCGGAGAAGGAGAUCGAGUUGAACAUUGGUAUGCUGAAUAAGACCGUGCUCGCACUUGAGAAAUUGUGCCCGAACUUCCGGGUUGUGGUCUUGCCAACAGGCGUAAAGGCGUACGGUGUGCAUCUCCUUGAUAAAUUCCCCUUCAAGGACAAUCUCCCGCUCAAGGAGACUCAUCCUGAAAUCUCGGAGCCGUAUCGCUCGCAAUUAUUCUACACCCAUCAGUACAACCUCCUUAGAGAGUUAUGCAAAGGCAAGAACUGGACUUACUGCGACGUAAGACCCGACAUCAUCAUUGGAUUCGUUCCGAACAAUACUCUAUACAACCUCGCGCAAUGGAUCGCUCUGUAUCUCAGUUUAUAUCGCAGGAUCCAUGGCGAGGGUGCGGAAGUGGUGUUUCCAGGAACCAAAAGUUGGACAAUCCAGAGUAAUGACAGCAGCCAAGACAUCAUCGCCCGGUUCGCCAUUCACGCCAGUUUGCACCCGGAAAUGAGUGCGGGACAGAGCUUCAACAUAGCGGACAACGUUCAACCGACGAGCUGGUCCGUGAAAUGGCCUAUCAUAUGCCAUUAUUUCGGGCUGAAGGGUGUGGCACCCAUCAACGGACCUGGCCCGGAUCCUGCGGCUUUUCUUCAUGAACAUCAGGAUGAAUGGUUGGCGAUGGAGAAGGAGUGCAACCUACAGACCGGACAUGUGUUGGGUAAUAACAUAAGCAUUCCAUAUGCCCCUCACUUCCUCGUAUCAUCAUUCGAUUUCGAUAGACCGCUGGAUCUUACUAAGGCGCAUCAGACAUGGGGAGAUGCUAAAGAGGAAAGAGAUGUGCAGGGAGCGUGGUAUACCGCAUUCGAUCGAUUCAGGAAGGCCCGAAUCAUUCCAUAG